GUUUGCGGUGUACGGAGGCAGCCUAUCGUGCAUAUGGCGAAUCUUGAUGAUGAGUUGAGUUUGAGUUUUGACGGAGAAUCGCUGGAUGAAUGGACUGGUUCGAUGUCUUCAUCGAGAGGAAAUGAACUGCACACAUCAGACCUGGCCAAAUCAAAGCUGCAACCGUCCAGCUCUGGCCUGAUUGGCUCGUGUUCCUCUCUAAUGGGACCGUGCCCGACACCGCCAGGCUUUGAAACACCUCGCAGUGAUACAGAUAGGUACGACUGGACGGCAUUUGACGAAGAACGUUGUUUCGGUAUAUCCGUAUCGCUGUACGAACGAAAUCCUAUAACGGGUCAAAAUGCGGGUAAUCCUAUAGCGGACGUUUUCGGGGUGGUGGCUCGAGACAACAAUGUGAUUAUGGCGCUGGCCGACGGGGUCAACUGGGGCGAAGGGUCACGGCUGGCGGCCCGUUGUGCAGUCCGAGGAGCCAUUGAUCAUUUGAAUUAUCACAUAUUCGCUGACCAGUGUAAAACCACCACUGAAGUCUUCCAUACUUUGUUAGGUGCAUUUCAUUCAGCCCAUGCGCUGAUCCUUCAAGAAGGUGGACUUUUAACGACAUUAUGCGUAGCAGUCGCAGUUCAGUUGAAGCAUUCAGAUACAUGGGUUUUGUGUUGCUGUAAUGUUGGUGAUUCGCUGUGUUUUGUAUAUAAUCCAGUGGCUGGCGUACGAGAGGUCAGUGAUUUGAGCUGGAUUUGUCCUUGA